CCCAUGGGGUGGGGGUCUCACCUGGAGCAGCUCCCCUGGGAUCCCUGUGGGUCCCAUCUCUGGGCUGCGGAGGUUUUUUUGGGGCAGUCCCAUUUUCACACCUCUGGGGUGUCCCCCCCACUCCAGGUGUGUGGGGUCAGGGCCGUGUCACAGCCCCACCCCGAGCACGCCACUGCUGUCCCCACAGGUGGCAGGACCUGGUGGUGGGCGCCCCCUACUACUUUGAGAGGAAGCAGGAGGUGGGGGGCGCCGUGUUCGUGUACAUGAAUGAGGCUGGGGGCUUCCAGCAGCUCCCCAGCCUGGUCCUCACCGGGCCCAGCUACUCCGGCUUUGGCUUUGCCCUGGCCAGCAUCGGGGACAUCAACCAGGACGGCUUCCAGGAUAUCGCCGUGGGGGCUCCUUUUGAGGGGCCUGGCAAGGUUUACAUCUACCACAGCAGCGCCGAGGGGCUGCGGGACCGGCCCCGGCAGGUGAUCAGCGGGGCAGAGCUGGGCCCCACCAGGAUCAAAACCUUCGGGUACUCGCUGAGCGGGGGGCUGGACAUGGACGGGAAUUCCUACCCGGACCUGCUGGUGGGCAGCCUGAGCGAGAGAGUGGUCCUGCUCAGAGCCCGGCCUGUGAUCAACAUCCUGGACAAGACCUUCAUGGUGACCCCCAGCAAGGUGGACCCUGCCCAGUGCACGCCCAAGUCCUGCAUGACGGUGACCCUGUGCUUCUCCUACAACCAGAGCGCGGGGGACCCCAACUACAGCGAGAGGAUCACCCUGCAGUACACGCUGGAGGCUGACAAGGACCGGCACCCGCCCAGGGUCAGGUUCUCUGGGUCCCAAUCUGCCACCUACACCGGGGACUUCUCCAUGCCCGACACCCGCUGCCAGACCCAGGAGCUCCUGCUGCUGGACAAUGUGCGGGACAAGCUGCACCCCAUCGUGCUCUCCAUGAACUACUCCCUGCUGGAGAGGCCCAGAACCUUCCAGCUGGGCCCCCACUCCCUGGACGCCUUCCCUGUGCUCAACCAGGACCAGUCCCACGAGAACGAGACCAAGAUCGAGUUCCAGAAGGAAUGUGGCUCCGACAACCAAUGCUACAGCAACCUCCAGCUGCGGAGCAGCUUCGUCACCGAGCAGAACCAGCCUCUGCCCAGGUGACAGCAGGGCGC